GGAAAAAAGGGAGAGAGUUUAACUAACGCGCUACAGGAGAUGUAACCCGGUCUUGAGUUGCCUCUGACUUGCAUAUCUCUUCGUUGUCCUGAUUGUAAAUAGCACUUCUACGUCACAUAGUAAGUUUCGAUUUUUCCUUCCUCGCUUUUCAACAUCCCAGUUCUAGUCUCGAUUUCUUAAAUAUUAUACGUAAGCUUGGUACACUCUAUAGUAUGCGGCCUGUCUUGUCAUACCUUUCAGACAACGAAAGAAUCAUUUGGUUGUGAAAUAAUUCAUAGGAUAAAACCAGUUUAACUAUUGCUGGUCAACAAUUUGCCAGAUGAAGAACGUUUAUUCAUGAACUGUUAGAGUUUUGAUCACGAACUGACAUCAGCUCUAACACAAAGAUAGAUUUAAUAACGAAAUCUGGUCAGUACGUCUAUAUGUUUUACCUUGUCUGUUUUGCUUGUCAAAGGGAUUGUAGGAUGGCAUAUUAUUCAUUCUCGACUUUUCUGCUAGCCUUCUGUAUCCUCUGAGAUGUUCUGAUCUAGUGGGAAGAAGAGAGGAUAUAGUAGGUCCAAAAUCAUUUCCUAAUAUUCUAUAUAUCGAAUUCGGAUCACCUUAGUCUGCGAUAGAACAAAGUAAGGAGGUCUAGCUUUUCUGGUAUUCGCUGAUAGCUACCCUCUUUACUUUUUCCAGGAUAUCUGAGUCGCGUUUUAAACAGAGGCUUGCAGCCUGAAUGUAGUUUUCAAGCUUAGUUCUCAUUAAGGUUGUGUAUACUGCAGUGGAUAUGGCGGCACCUAACUUUUUGUGGCCCGUUUCUGACUGCAGUAAUAUCGUAUGAUUGAUUGUUAUGGAAAUAUACAUUCUGAUUAUUCUCGUAUAUAAUUAUCGACUUGUAUCGCGUUAGUGAAUAACGAAAUUACGUAAGUCGAAUGCCAGAAUGGAUUUUCGAAUACAUAUGUUUUGUACAAUAGUUGGUGGGAACAGAUAAUAAGACGUAGAGAAGGAAGUGAAGAAAAGAGAAUGAAACGAGACGGCUCGCAGUGGAGACAUGUGAGACAACAUUUAGUCGAGCGUUAAUCAAUGUUUAUAGUCACACAAAAAUAAGCUACAGACAUGUGAUGAGUAGGAUAAGAUAUGCACACAUACGCUCAUAUAAAAAUAGUCAAGGUUGAUAAGUGAAUAAUUAACAAUGCCAAAACGUGACUCAAGAAGAAUUGAUAAAUUUGACUGUCCAGAAGCUAGAAUAAAUUAUGUGGGCUUAACAUAGUAAAUGACACCACAUACUUGUUGAAUGUCUGGGUCUUGGGUUUUGGUGCGAAAUCCAUUCUUCCAUUUGGUUAAAGAGCGUUUUGGCAUUUUAGCUGAUGUCAGUUCGUGAUGAAAGCUCUCAAUCUAAUUCCUAACCCUAACCAUCAACUGAAAAUCAUAAUUUUAAUUCCUCACAUUGCUUUAUAACCUUCAUUUUUGCACUAGUAAGUGGGUAAACACUCUCAAGGUCACUUUAGCGUCGCUCAAACGUCGUCAAUAAAUUAUAGCCUCAUCACAGUAAAAAAACUAAUGAUACGAAAAUGUUGUUUACGUACUGAGACAGUUGAACAUCACUAUUGUUAAAUUCAACUCAUCACCUUUAGCUUCCUUUCUUUUAAAUUUUUCUUCAGAGUUGAGAUGGAAACAGUCUUCCGCUACGGAGAAAAGCCGGUCGAGUUUCAGCUGGAGUCUGACGGUGAAUACUUUUACUUAGCAUCAGAAGUGGGUCGAUAUCUGCGCUUAUUUCGUAAAGAAUUAUUUAAAAAAUAUCCAAAUUUAUGGAAACGGUUAGUUACUCCCGAAGAAAAAGAGAAACUAAUUCAAAUGGGGUUGGCAACUCCUAUAACUGCUACCAAUGCUAUGCUUUUACGCACAUAUGAGGUUAAUGAAAUUAUUUGUGAUCAAGAUCGGUUAGCAGAUUUAAAAAGUGGGGAGCUUAUUGCAAAAGACUGUUCAUCAAUCUCUAAUAAUUUAAAUAUGAGCUCCAGUAGUUUACGAAAUUUCAACUCGAAUGCAACUCCUAAAUCGAAUGUUGGUUUCGCAUCUGUCGGUCGAACAAGUCUUGGUUCAAGUGCUAAUUCAGCGACGUCAGCAACGUUACCAGGUGUUAUGAACACUUCCGGUGUCAUUGAUCAUACAACUGCAAGUGGGAAUUUUAAGUCAAGAAGAGAUAGCAGGUGGCUUGGUGUUGGUUCAACUCCAAACACAUCAUUUCAUUUGGACUCAGUUCCUUGUCCAACCCCUAUUAGUCGAUUGAGAACUGCCAGACAGACAAGUAAAUCAUUUACGUUUCCUUUUUGUUUGGAUGAUUCUGAUCCGAUUGCAUUUCAUGAGAACGCACGUCAACCGGAAUGUUUAGUACCGAUUCGUUUAGAUAUAGAAUGUGAUGGUGUUAAACUACGUGAUUGUUUUACGUGGAAUCGUAAUGAACAAUUAAUCACAUUGGAACAAAUGGCUGAAGUACUUUGUGAUGAUUUAGAUUUGAAUCCAAUAAAUUUUGUUCCAGCUAUUGUGAAUGCUAUGAGACAACAGAUUGAUGCUCAUCCCAUGAAUGAUUUUCUAGUUGGACAAACUGAUACACGAGUUAUUAUUCGUUUAAAUAUACAUGUAGGCAAUAUUUCUUUAGUGGAUCAAUUUGAAUGGGAUCUUUCUGAACCAAAUAAUUCACCAGAACAAUUUGCUUCAAGACUUUGUGCUGAAUUAGGUUUAGGUGGAGAAUUUGUUACAGCUGUUGCUUAUAGUAUUCGUGGACAACUUGCUUGGCAUCAGAAAAUUUAUGCUUUCAGUGAAUCUCCUUUACCGACAGUCGAUAUAGUUUUCCGUAAUUCAAAUGAAGCUGAUCAAUGGAGUCCAGUUGUUGAAGUUCUUACGGAUGCAGAAAUGGAGAAAAAGAUACGCGAUCAAGAUCGUAAUACCAGACGAAUGCGUCGUUUGGCCAAUGCACAACCCAAUUGGUAGACAUUUUGUUUUCUACAAUGUUUUCAGUGUUGGUGUACACAUUUCUUAAAAAGUUUUCCAAACAAUAAUAAUAACCUAUUUAUGUU